AUGGAUAGGAAGGAUGAGGCUAAAAUCAAAGCUUUAUCGGAGGACCUUCAGAAAGAAAGAGAUCAUUCCCUCAAGCAAAGACAAAAUAUAGAGAAGCUUCUGAAAUCGGAUGAGCGUUAUAAGAGUCAGGUCCUUCGUAUCACCAGGGAGAGAGAUGAAGCUCGUGGUGACGUUUCUUGUCUUAAUAAGGAGGUUGAGAACUUAAAUGAUAAUAUGGACGAGAUCAUCGAUUCUUCCAAGAAGGUAGCCAAGACGACCCGCAAGAACACUCAGAGCUAUUUGAUUCCACUCUUUAAUGACUACUGCGUUGAACAUGGCAUUCCUCCUCCUUCUUUCCCUUUGGAGGUUCUUUCUGAUGAUGAUAAGCCUCAAGAUGAAGCUGUUGAUCCUACCAACAAGGAAGCGUCUCUUGAUGAUGACGAGGAACCAAAGUUUGACACCGCGAAGGACAACGAGGAGUCCAAGGGAGCUUCUACUAGCCUCACCGCGGCAGGCGGCGAGAUUCCUGAGACAACCACCAUUGAUAGUGCCAUUCCUCAGUAG